AUGAGUCUUAGAGUCAUUUAUUUGACUAGACACGGUUUUAGGAGCAACUGGACUGUUGAUUCGCAGACUGGAGAGUAUGCAUCGAACAUUCCAAGCCCAACAGGUAUAGCUGGCGAUCCUGCUCUAGCUUCAUAUGGAGUCCAACAGUCUCGCGAACUUGCCGCUCACCUACAGAAUGUAUCGCCUUCAGUGCAAAGAAUUUACAGUUCACCAUUCUACCGGUGCCUCCAAACUGUCUCCCCUACGGUUGAUGCAAUUUCUACACUAGUUGACACUGAUAUGUCUUUGAAAAUACGCGCGGAAAAUGGCCUUGGAGAAUGGUACGGUGUGGCAAAAUUCAAUCAUCCCUCUCCAGCAGAGCCAGUUGUAUUGAAGGAGCUUUUCCCACAACUUGAUGAAAAUUAUGAGCCUUUUGUUAAGCCCUGUUCUAAAGGGGAAACUAUCCACCAAUUACAUGAUAGAUGUGCUCACACUAUGAAACAAAUAAUUGAACAGUGUGACCAAGACGGAAUCGAGGCAAUCUUAUUGUGUACGCAUGCCGCCACGUUAAUAGCAAUUGGUAGGGUUUUAACAGGCCAGAUUCCCGAAGACGUCAAAAAAGAAGACUUCCGACCAUUUACAUGUGGCCUAAGUUGCUUCGUGAGAAAGAGUUGCGGUGAAUCCAGCUUACGUCAUGAACUUAAUCCAAAUAGUAAUAUCGAAGUUUCUCAAUUUGACUGGAAGGAAAACAAGGGGGUUGGCGGGAGUUCUUGGGAAGUGAAGCUGAAUGGUGACUGUAGCUUUUUGAGUGGCGGUGAAGAAAGAGGAUGGAGGUUUUCAGGAAAUGAAUCUUUUGACCUUGAGCUCGACAAAACCUCCACUAUUGAUGCAGGUUCUGGUCUUGGUGUCAUCGUUAAAGGAAAUAAUACACAUAAUGCUGUAAAGCCACCAAAACUUUGA